GCAUCAUCGCCACCCCUCCAGUAGGAAGGGCGCAUCCCGGAUAGCUGGCUGGCUAGCUGUACUCAGCGGAACGAUGGCAGUAAACCUCAGCAAAAAUGGCCCUGCAUUGACGGCUGCGUUCAAAGAAGUGGUAGAUGAAAAAUCCUCCACCAACUGGGCUUUGUUCACCUAUGAGGGCAACAGUAAUGAUAUCCGCCUGGCAGAAAAGGGGGAUGGAGGACUGGAGGAGCUGGUUGAGGAGCUGAACAGUGGAAAAAUUAUGUACGCUUUCUGCCGAGUCCAGGAUCCAAACUCUGGUCUGCCCAAAUAUGUCCUCAUCAACUGGACUGGUGAAGGAGUGAAGGACGCCCGGAAAGGAAUAUGUGCAAAUCAUGUCAGCUCCAUGGCCAAUUUUCUUAGGGGGGCCCAUGUCACAAUAAACGCCCGGGCGGAGGAGGACGUGGAACCUGAAGUGAUCAUACAGAAGGUGGCCAAAGCCUCAGGAGCAAACUACAGCUUCCACAAAGAAGCCCCAAGCCGCUUCCAGGACAGCGGUCCUCAGGGCCCCGUGGGAUCAGUGUACCAGAAGACCAACGCAAUGUCAGAAAUCAGGAAGACCAACAAAGACAACUUCUGGGCUCAGGCAGAGAAAGAUGAGGAGAAACGUCGCAAAGAGGAGCGCCACAAGGCAGACGAGGAGCGCCAGCAGUUGGAGAAGGAGAGGAAAGACCGAGAGGUCAAGGAGGCAGCACAGAGGGACAAAAGGGACAAGGAGAAAGCUACUGAAAUUGAUCAGCAAAAGAAGUACCAGCAGCAGCAGGAGUCUGUGAGUAAAGAGCAGGAGAAACAACGCUAUGAGGAGCAGGAGGAGGACCAGACGGCCCAGAGGAAAGCAAUCAGGAGAGGUGAAUCUGUGGAAAAGGCCAACGAGGCAGCUUCUGUCAUCUCUCAGCGUGCCAUGAACCCCAGAGAGAUGUUCAAGCAGCGAGAGAGGGGAAUCACUCCCAGUGACUCAGACGCCCCCUCUGCUGCCCCUGCCCCUGCCAGCCCCCAGCCAGGGCGUCUGCAAAGCCCUUUUCUGUCUAAGCCCGUGUAUGAGUCUGAGCGAGCCAGUUCACCUCAGCAGCGCCAAGCUUCUCCUGUGCCAGCAGGCUCUGCCUCUCCUGUCCCCGCCACAGAGCCUGAUGUGGAUGAUGGACAGUCCAGGUGUGAGUAUGAUGAGCCGGAGGUGACCCCCCCGGAGCAGCCUACAGUGGAGGCACCGGCUGUUAACUCCUGCAUCCAAGAGGCAGCACAUGAAGAGCCCGCUCAGGUGGAGGAGCAUAACUCCAACGAGGUGACUGCAGAGGAGACAGCAGACAGAGGCAUCUGUGCCAGAGCCUUAUAUGACUACCAGGCUGCUGACGACACAGAGGUCUCAUUCGAUCCUGAUGAUAUCAUCACCGGGAUCGAGAUGAUAGACGAGGGCUGGUGGCGAGGCUACGCACCAGACGGCAAUUUUGGAAUGUUCCCAGCCAAUUACGUUGAGCUCAUCUAGCCGAGCGAGUCGCUCCAACCCCCUCCACUGAAACCCCCAGAUUAUCACAGUGGCAGCCCUGGCAGAGGACCUCUGCAGUAAAACAACACACGGCAGUUAAGUCCUCCCACACCCCGUGAGCUGCUCGGGCUGAAGCAGAGCUAAAUGAUCCUCCACAUCAUAGACCAAUGAUUGGACGGUAAUCGUGGUCCAGAAACUUUUAAGAGUCUUUCCUCAUUUCAAGCAAGUGAUUCCUUUAAUUUGUUGAUGUUGUGAGCCACUGAUGGCAUAGUUUAGGGAUUUGUGAAGACCCCUAGGCCGACCAAAACAUCCCAAAACAUACAUCUCUUUACCUUUCAAUGUGAUGCAGUACGAUAUCAGCCUUUUGUUAAGUCUUAAAAUUGUGACGGCACUUCUAGUUAGCAUUCCUUACAAAGUGACUUCAGUUCUAUUUCAGGUAUUAUUAUUAUUUUUUACUUGUAGCAAAUGCUCCUGGACAUUUCAGGGGGGGAAAAAAAUCAAAGAUGGUGGUACCAGCUACAGUAUAAUCCUUUUGCCUUGUUGUUGCCUUUCUUUACCAACAGACUGAAUUAUUCUUAUUAUUUGAUGUGAUUGAAUCUACAUCCUGUGUGACUACCAUACCUUGUUUUAGUUCUGAUCUGACUGUGGUUGAAGUGAAUAUUAGAAUAAAUACGAUGUUUGCUGUGCUCUGGGUGGUCCGCUUUAGUGGGAAUGCCUCAAACGGUUCAUUUCCCCUUUUGACUGUGAGUAUUUAACGGUUAUUUUCAUUUCAAGUCCUUUCUCAUUUGAACCCGAUUAUUUCACCAUAAUACAUUUCAGAGUCAAGCCAAACUAAAGAAUUAAUAAUUGAGAAUUAUUUAUCUUUUUUUUUUUUCUAUCUCGCUGGUCUGAGAUUGAGUUUCAGUGUGAACAGAUCUCCAAUAAGAAGUGUGUGGUAUCACAGUGCCAUGAAGGGGGGGGGGAUACAUACAUAAAGCUGUGACAUUAAUUUGAAAAUUAGAAACCACAUUUAUGCAACUUUAAAGUGUGUUUUUAUUAUGGAAAGAAAUCAUUGCUCUUUUAAGCUUUUAGCUCAGUGGACAGAAUUCAAAAUGAAUUGAUCAUGAAUAAAAAAAAAAAAGGGCAUCAUGUAUCCACUGCAUUAUUCAUAUUUUCCCCCCAGAGUCUAUUGUAAUGCAUAUUCUUCAUAAUAAAACAAACAAACAAG